CAUCAUCAAACAGGACUUUGUUAGUGAACUUAUUCCUCUUAACAGCAAUUGCAUUAUGAAAAAGACCAGGUACUUUGGUUCCCGUCCCUAAGCCAAAGAACUUUAGCUUUUUGCCGAAAGAACCCUUCCUUAGCGUCCUUCAGGUUUUUUAGUUCAACUUGUACUUGCCCAAUAUCCCCACAAAUAGCUUCCUCACUCAACUCAGCUAACUGCAAUAUUUCUAAUUCAACUUGCUUCUCUUUCACCCAACAAGAAAUAUUACCAAAAGCUUUAGAACUUAUAGCUCCUAAAAGCUUCUUUAACCUUUUCAACUUGAUGAAAAGACGACGCAACAUAGGAUCACCAGUGACUCUUUCCUGCCAAGAAUCAACAACAAUCUUCAAAAUAUUACUAUGUUUAGCUCAAAAGUUAAAAGACUUAGGAGGAGAAUGAACAGGCUUGUCCAACCAAACUACUGAGGGGCAAUGAAACAAACAAACAAACAAAUUUUGCUCCUGGAACCGGGCCGGACCAAUGUGCACAGCGACCCAAUUUUAGACCCCUAUAUAAACAAACAAAUUCAAACGCUGCAGUUUAGAAGAUACUUAGAACAUUAGGACUUUCCAAUAGGCGAUGAUGGCGCUUUCCUCUGCGUUUCGAGAAAGACUAGAACACAUGGAACAUUCUAGAAACCAACGUCUAAUGCUCCUCCUGGCGGAGAAAGAGCUGCAAGCGCACAAAUCUCAGGUUUUGGAAUCGAAGCUGGCUCGUAUUGGUUCCAUGGAACGAAGUUGCUUGUUUCUUGAUCAAAAGAUCGCAUCACAAAACUUUAGAAUCUCUGCUCUCAAAUCUGAAAUCGAAAAUCUCGACACCAAAUAUGAUUCUAGUUCUCGAAAAUUGAAGGCUGUGAAAAGUGAGAUUGAGGAGCUUGAAGAGGUGGAGAAGGAGAGAGAUAAGUUUUACGAAUUGAAAAUUUCAGAAAUGAAUGAGUUUAGAGAGAAUGUGAAGAGGUUUUUGACGGAAACUCGAACUCGAGUGCAAGAAUUGAGGAACAGUGUAAACGAGCUGAAGUCAACUUUUAUGGAACUUCCAGGCAACAAUGGUUAUAUGAGUAGUUCUGAGAUAGCUGAGGCAGAGAUGAAAAGGGCUGAACUGUUGGCUAUGAAAGAGAGUUUAACAAAAACCUUAGCUUCAAAUCACCAAAGAAGAGCAGAGUUGCAAAAGCAGGUUGAGAAUAUGCUGGUUGCACGAAGUCCAGAGAGAUGGAAACCAAUCCAGUCUGGCAAUAGCAAAGGUGUCUGAUAACAAUAUAGCAGAUUCAUGAGAAUGAGUCAUGUUGUCGAAUCAAAUUUCUACCAUAAUUCCGGGUCAGUUUUUGAGUUCUCAUGCAAUAGGAUUGAAUUCAUUGUUGUUUUUGGUAGUAAUGAACUGUAAC